AUGCUGCGACUGCUCACUUCCAGUUGUGCCCGGAUUCUGGGGUCUGGGGUGGUCACGUGGCGUCCCUCUGUGGGGCUCCUCUCUCCUGGGUGCCCCGGGACCCGCCAGGCUUCAGAUGUCUCAGGUGCUCCACAUCACCAGCCCUCCAGCGCCGAGUCACUGGUGCAGCUGGUGGGCAUCUGCUCUAUGAUGCACCUGCCCUUGCGGUCGUCCCCCGAAGGGCUGGAUGCCGCCUUCAUCGGUGUGCCUCUGGACACGGGGACUUCCAACCGGCCCGGGGCAAGAUUUGGACCCCGUCGCAUCCGAGAGGAAUCUGCGAUGCUGGGGGCUGUCAACCCCAGCACGGGAGCCCUCCCUUUCCAGUCCCUCAGGGUUGCAGAUCUAGGCAACGUGAAUGUCAAUCUUUACAACCUCCAAGACAGCUGCCGGCUAAUUCGAGAGGUCUAUCAGAACGUCAUAGCAGCUGGUUGCAUUCCUCUGACCUUGGAUGUGGGCUGUUUUCUUUCUGCAGGUGGAGACCACACAAUCACCUAUCCCAUACUGCAAGCAGUGGCAAAAAAGCAUGGCCCCGUGGGUCUAGUGCACGUGGGUGCCCACACCAACACAACUGACAAAACUCUGGGGGAGAAGGUCCAUCAUCGAACAGCUUUCCGCCGGAGCGUGGACGAGGGACUGCUGGACUGUAAGCGGGUGGUGCAGAUCGGCAUCCGGGGCUCUUCCGUGACCUUGGACCCCUACCGAUACAGUCGGAGCCAGGGCUUUCGUGUGGUCCUGGCUGAAGACUGCUGGAUGAAGUCAUUGGUUCCCCUGAUGGCGGAGAUCAGGCAACAGAUGGCGGACAAGCCUCUUUAUAUCAGCUUUGGCAUAGAUGCCUUGGAUCCUGCCUAUGCCCCGGGAACAGGGACACCGGAAAUUGCUGGGCUCACCCCUAGUCAGGCCUUGGAGGUCAUCCGGGGCUGUCAAGGCCUGAAUGUGGUGGGCUGCGAUCUUGUGGAAGUCUCCCCACCGUAUGACCUCUCAGGCAACACGGCCCUCCUAGCAGCUAACCUACUGUUUGAGAUGCUGUGUGCUCUCCCCAAAGUGACGACUGUCUGA